UUGCGAAACACCGGAAAACUUGGAUAUUGUCCAUUAUAUAUCUCUACGCAGACACUCGUUCUCACCUUCACAUCUCUACACCAAACAAGAAUGUCACUCAGGCUCCUCACUCUCCUCUUUCUCAUCACUCUCUCUUUCUCCUUCACCACCAUCGCUCGUGGCGAUGAUUGCGUCUACACGGUCUACAUAAGGACGGGUUCGAUCAUAAGGGGCGGAACGGACUCCAUCAUCAGUUUAAGGCUCUACGACGCGUACGGCGAGGUGGUGGAGAUCACGAAUCUGGAGGCCUGGGGCGGGCUGAUGGGCCCCGAUUACAACUACUUCGAGAGGGGCAAUUUGGACAUUUUCAGCGGGAGAGGCGACUGCUUGAGCUCUCCACUCUGUGCCUUGAACCUCACAUCCGACGGCUCCGGUCCCCAUCACGGAUGGUACUGCAAUUAUGUGGAGAUCACGGCCACCGGAGUACACACCCCCUGUACGCAGCAACAGUUCACGGUGGAGCAGUGGUUGGCCCUUGAUACGGCGCCGUGGGAGCUCACUGCUAUUAGGAAUGACUGUCCGUCUGAAUUCGAUGGCCGGAGGAUCAAGAAGUCUUCUCCUCUGAUCAGAUCAGUAGUGUGAUUUUUGGUUUUCUGCAAGAAGAGUAAUAAUCUGGUGUGCGUUAGUAUGAGUGAUUUAUCGGUGUAUCUUCUCUUGUGAUGUCUUGGAUCGGACUAGAUCAGAUCGCUUCUGCGGUCAACUGCGUAAUUAUUAAUAUCAUUAUGACGAGAGUAAGCAAUACAUGCGACGUGCAUUCAUUUUAGUGGUGGUGGUUGAGUUUCAACUUUCAAAUCUAUCUUCAAUGGGCUUGUGUCGGUAA